CCCUGCCGUAGCCCGCGCCCGCAGCCGCUGUCCAGCCCGUUCGGUCCGCUCCCCAAAGCCACGCCGCGCUCUCCUAGCCUCCACUCGCGGGAGGGGAAAGGAUUGAGUGGGGCAUCAGCCGCUGCUCGCCAUGGAUGCUCACCGGGCCCUGCUUUCCGCAGUCUUUCUCAUUAGCUUCUUGUGGGAUUUACCCGGUUUCCAGCAGGCUUCUAUCUCAUCUUCCACCUCCACCUCGUCCUCUUCGUCCUCGUCCUCAUCUGCCGAGCUGGGCUCAGCCAAGGGUAUGAGGAGCCGCAAGGAAGGGAAGAUGUCCCGGGCGCCGCGGGAGAGCGCCGCGGGCCAGGGACACCCGGAGCAGGCAGACGAGCCUCCGCGGCAGGAGCACCCGCAGUCUGGACGACAGGAACCAAAGCCCGAGCAGUCCAGUCCCCGGCGGCGGCAGCCUCAGGAUCACGGGCAGCCGGGCAGGAAUCCCCGGGUGGUGCCCCAUGAGUAUAUGCUGUCCAUUUACAGGACCUAUUCCAUCGCAGAAAAACUGGGAAUCAAUGCGAGCUUCUUCCAGUCUUCUAAGGCUGCCAAUACUAUCACUAGUUUUGUAGACAGGGGACGAGACGAUCUCUCGCACUCUCCUCUCAGGAGACAGAAGUAUUUGUUUGAUGUGACGACGCUCUCAGACAAAGAAGAGCUGGUGGGCGCGGAGCUGCGGCUCUUUCGCCAGGCGCCCCCGGCUUCCCCGGGGCCUCCGGGCGGCCCGCUCCACGUGCAGCUCUUCUCCUGUCUGUCCCCACGAAUGCUGGACUCCAGGGCCCUAGACCCGCAGGGGGCGCCCCAAGCCGGCUGGGAGGUCUUCGACGUGUGGCAGGGCCUGCGCCGCCACCAGCCCUGGAAGCAGCUCUGCCUGGAGCUGCGGGUCGCCUGGGGAGAGCCCGGAGGGGAGACCCCACAGGCGUCCCCACCGCCCGAGGCGGAGCCUCCCCUGGACCUGCGGAGUCUGGGCUUCGGUCGGAGGGUGCGGCCGCCGCAGGAGCGGGCUUUGCUCGUGGUGUUCACCAAAUCCAAGCGCAAGAACCUGUUCGCCGAGAUGCGCGAGCAGCUGGGCGCCGCCGCGGCCACGGCCACGGCGGCGGGGGCCGAGGGCGCGGGGCUGCCGCCCUCGCCGUUGUCGCCGCCCGCGGGCGUCCCAGACGCGGACUGGGGGCUGAGCUCUCAGGGUCGCCGGCGGCGACGCACCGCCUUCGCCAGCCGCCACGGCAAGCGGCACGGGAAGAAGUCACGGCUGCGCUGCAGCAAGAAACCCCUGCACGUGAACUUCAAGGAGCUGGGCUGGGACGACUGGAUUAUCGCGCCCCUGGAGUACGAGGCGUACCACUGCGAGGGGGUGUGCGACUUUCCCCUCCGCUCUCACCUAGAGCCCACCAAUCAUGCCAUCAUCCAGACCCUCAUGAACUCCAUGGAUCCCGGCUCCACCCCACCCAGCUGCUGCGUGCCCACCAAAUUGACUCCCAUUAGCAUCCUCUACAUCGACGCGGGCAACAACGUGGUAUAUAAGCAGUACGAGGACAUGGUGGUGGAGUCCUGCGGGUGUAGGUAGCGCUGCCUUUCCCGCCGUCUCGGUCCGGGGACGGGAGGGGAGGACUGCAGCAGAGAGAAGGAGAGUGACCCGAAUGAAGGGGGGAAAUCACCCCGAAACAUAGACCUGGACGAUUGCAGGACAGGAUGAGUAGGAGGGGGAAGCGGAGGGAGGUGAUGGCCUUGGGGCACCAGCCGCAUUGGAGCCCACCUUGAACACUUCCUUUCACCUAGAGAGAGGGAAAUGGACUUUCACACCUUACCUGGCGACCCUGGAAAACAAAUCAAGGAAUAGCUUCGUGUUUGUUGUCAUUGCUUUUUCAAUUUUCUUGAAGCACCUGUGUAUCUCACGGGUUUUUUAAUAGGGCUGGGUAGAGGAAACAGGCUUGUGUUUCACAGCUGUCCCUUGGAGUGAAAAUUAUUAUUUACAAAGAAAACGGGGUGUGUGUUGGGGUGGGGAGGAGAAAGGAGGAGAUUCACCUCUGCAUCCCAUUUUUUCUGUUUUGGAUCAUGCUGAGUUUUGUAUUUCCUUUCUGGGUGAAAUCAACUUUCCAUGUGGCCAUCUAAACAAUAUUCUAAAAAAGCAAAAUCUUCCCUUCCCUUCCCGCUGCACCUUCCUUGCUUCCCUUCAAAACCUAGUUCAAAAUCUUCUUCGUUUAAAAGCACUACCUUCCAAGACAAUUUUGGUAUAAGUGGGCCAAGUAACUCGAAUGGCCUCAAUAUCUUUCUUACUCAAUCUGACCCGCCCCACUCCCCAUCUUCCCACGACUGCCCACUGUUCGUUGCUCGCUACGAUCAGAAUCCGAUAGUGGGACUCCGUUUCUGAGGAGAUAUGGGUUAUUUUGCAAGCUUUCUUUUCUUUUUUUCUUUCUUUUCUUUUCCUUUUUCUUUUCUUUUUCUUUUUCUUUUUUUGUUGUUGUUGUUGGGGAAACAGGGGAGUUCAUGCCUGAUAGAGUGACAAGAAUCAGUUCAAGCCAGGGAUACUUUAAGAUAAUGGGCAGAGCCAGUAGAGAAAUGAGGCACAGGCCCCCUAGUGAAAUUGUUCCCCCCUCUUCCCCUUAGCUGCCUCUUUCAGGAUUAUCUGAUGAUCCAGGUCUCCUUCUAAGGUGAAGGCAAUUUCCCAAGUACAAAAAACAAUCAAGGGAAAGGAGAGAGGGGGUAGGGCUGGAAAUAGGGGAGGGAAAGAGAAAGAAAAUUAUAUAUGGAAGGGUAGAAUAGAGGGGAAAGGUUGGGGCCAGGAAGAAGAUAAGGGACAGAUUUGGAGGGGAGUUGGUGGGAAGUAACCCACCCCGGCUCAGAGCAAAAUGGGAGAGUCUAGUCUUGCCACAAGAAGAGAAAAGAACUGAAAGGAGAAGCAGAGAGGAAGGAUCUAAAAGUAUAGAAAUGCCUGUCUCUGAAGUUUAUCUGAAAAGUUUCUCCCCUUUUCUCUCUGACAUUCCUGAAAGAUUACCAGCCAGAAAUCGCCUAGGGCACCCCCAAAAGAAUUGUUUUGGAUUGUAAUUACCAGUUAGACUAUGUUUUUAAAACUUAGUAAUGAAAAACUGUGAAAAGAGCAAAGUGUUACAUUGAACGUGGAGAAGGGAAUCUGGGCAGUGGGUAACAAUGGUGCUGGAAUCAGUCAGAAGACUUUAUGCAGGGAAUUGAGUGCUGUACUUUUAAUUCCUUAAUUCCAGAGAGGGAAAAAGUGAACUCCCUGCCCCUGUCUACACCAGUAUUAUUUUUAAGCAUUGUUCUAGAAGUAAGGCCUCCAAAGGGCUUAUUUACUCCCCACCUUUGGCUUGUGAAAUUUCCUCAAUCAAGAGAACAGCUAAGGGAAAAUAAGGU